CUCUCGCUGUCACGCGAUAAGUGCGUGCCGUUCUUCGCUGGAUUCGAAACCAACACUCCACGAACACGAAGCCCACCAUAACUUCACCUGCCAUUGUUGUUGACGCGCAUCACGGGCGCGUGGAUUGGAUCCCCCAUUGUAUGUCGACUGCCCACAUUCAACUUGGAGGCUGUACACAAGAAGAUAAUGAUUCCUUUUAUAGGGAAGAAGAGUCUUCAGUUUCAAGGGCUUCCUUCCUUCUCUGCAAAAAUCAGGCCUCCAAAUCUCAUCAGUCACUGUCUUUUCAAGAAAUUUUUUUCUGGGAUUUCAUGUUUGUAAGUUCAUGUGUUGAGUUCCUUUGUUAUUAAGUUUCUUCUCUGUGUUAUUGUGUCUACUUUGUGGGUUUUGUCCUGAUAGUUAAUGGGUAGAGUCUUUUUAUGUGGAAACGUCUAGCUGUACAGAGCAUAGCAAAACUCAUCUGUAUGUUGAUUUAUGGACUGGGGUCUUGUGGGUUUUUAGUUUUUGUGGUGCAAAGGUGUUGUAGUUUAAUUUCGAACUUGGGAUUUCUUCCUUUGCAUAAGGACCUGGAAUGAGUUAAUAAGGAAGAAAUUUGAAGAGGUAGGCCCUUGCGGCUUGUGAUUGGCUCUUUUGAUUGGUGUUUGCGUGUCAUAGACUGAAAAUUAUAUAUUAGACAGGCGGCUUUCUAAGUGUUUUGGAGAGUUUUAUUCUUAAGUCCGACAAGGAAAAUGCAAAGGGUUAGAAUUUCAUCGCAACAGGCCCCAGUACAUAAGCUAGGGGAUUCCCAAAUGACAUUAUCCCCAAAAUUUAGGUUAGCUGUAAUCCAAUCAAAUUUGUUAAAUCCUUCAUUGGAAUUAGAGUUAUCUCUCAGGGGAGAGCCUCUCAUUCCAGGCCUUCCUGAUGAUAUUGCCCUCAACUGUCUCCUGCGCCUCCCGGUCCAGAGCCACGCAGCUUGCAGAGCUGUCUGCAAGCGUUGGCAUCUACUUCUUGGUAAUAAGGAGCGGUUCUUUACCCGAAGAAAGGAACUAGGCUUCCAAGACCCUUGGCUCUUUGUCUUUGCAUUUCACAAAUGUACUGGAAAGAUUCAGUGGCAGGUUCUUGACCUUAAUCACUUCUCUUGGCACACCAUUCCAGCAAUGCCUUGCAAGGAUAAAGUUUGCCCCCAUGGAUUCAGGUGUGUUUCCAUCCCCCAUGAGGGUGCUUUGUUUGUUUGUGGGGGUAUGGUAUCUGAUGUAGAUUGCCCACUUGACUUGGUAUUGAAGUAUGAAAUGCAGAAAAACCGUUGGACUGUUAUGAGCCAGAUGAUUACUGCUAGGUCAUUUUUUGCUACUGGGGUCAUUGAUGGUAUGAUUUAUGCGGCGGGUGGAAAUAGUUCGGAUCUCUUUGAGCUUGACUUGGCUGAGGUUUUAGAUCCUGUUAAAGGGAUUUGGAGCCCCAUUGCAAGCAUGGGAACAAACAUGGCCUCUUAUGAUGCAGCAGUUCUCAAUGGAAAGCUUCUUGUCACUGAAGGCUGGUUGUGGCCUUUCUUUGUCUCUCCCAGGGGUCAAGUUUAUGACCCAAGAACUAAUAAUUGGGAGAAUAUGGCUGCUGGCCUGAGAGAAGGCUGGACUGGCUCUAGUGUAGUGGUUUAUGGACACUUGUUUGUUGUUUCAGAGCAUGAAAGGAUGAAACUUAAGGUUUACGACAUGGAAUCAGAUAAUUGGGAAGCAGUAGAAGGCCCUGCUUUGCCAGAGCAGAUUUGCAAGCCUUUUUCUGUGAAUGCCUGUAACUGCAAGAUCUAUGUUGUUGGUCGGAACCUUCAUGUUGCUGUGGGUCAUAUCUGGAGGCUGAAUCAAAAGGGUAAUUGUGAGAAAAACUGGAGCUUUGGUGUUCGAUGGCAUGUGGUGGAUGCUCCAGAAGCCUUCGCUGACUUGACACCCUCCAGCUCUCAGUCUCCAGACUUAGGUUCUUCAUUGCUUCUCUUCCCCACGAGGCAACGUUUCAUCAUUUCCCUCUGCUUUGGAUUGGAUAUUGUGGUGAGGAGUCCCUCUUGGAAGGCAAUGUAAAAGAGGCUGAAUAGGAAGAGUAGCUUUCAGUGGAGUCGAGGAUCAGAUAUUCCAUCUGUUUGGCAACAAAGCAAUAAGCCAUGUAAUUCGCUUCACCAUCACUAUCAAACGUGAUUCUUUAGCGAGUGCUCUAAUUCUUGCCGUGUCUAUCACGUUUCCCUACGAAUAUGCCAAUGGAGCCAUCGAGCGGGGUUCCAAAUGCACGUCAAAUCAUGUCUUGGAGUAUUGAUAGGCGCUACUACUAUUGAUAAGAAAACGUUAUCAUACCGAAUAGCUACUGAACUGAAUUCUAUUCUAAAUCUGGACCUACUGAAUUAAAUUUUAAAUCUAUGAUUAAAGACGGUUUGGGAGUAUUUUAAGAGGGUCCAUAUGUCUUGACCUAAUGAAAAAAGGAAACUUGGAUGGAGGUUCAAUUUGUCAUGCCUCUUGUGCCAAUUUUAAA